AAGCAUGAUUUCCUGGGCCAGGCAUUCUGCACCCUGGGGGAGAUUGUGGGUUCAGCCGGCAGCCGCCUGGAGAAACCCCUGACGAUGGGGACAGUCACCAUGCACCCCCGGGGCAGGAGACCCACCCCAGCCGCCUCCAACGGUGGCAUUCUGGGGAAGAAGUGCGGCACCAUCAUACUCCUUGCUGAAGAGCUGGGAAACUGCCGGGAUGUGGCCACACUCCAGUUCUGCGCCAACAAGCUGGAUAAGAAGGAUUUCUUUGGAAAAUCUGACCCCUUCAUGGUCUUCUACCGCAGCAACGAAGACGGGACUUUUACCAUCUGCCACAAGACAGAAGUGGUGCGGAAUACACUGAACCCUGUCUGGGCAGCCUUUGCCAUUCCUGUGCGUGCCCUCUGCAACGGGGACCAUGACCGAGCCAUCAAGGUGGAGGUAUAUGACUGGGACCGUGAUGGCAGCCACGACUUCAUUGGGGAGUUCACCACCAGCUACCGGGAGUUGGCACGAGGCCAGAGCCACUUCAAUGUGUAUGAGGUGGUGAACCCCCGGAAGAAGAUGAAGAAGAAGAAGUACCUGAACUCGGGGACAGUAACACUGCUUUCCUUCACUGUGGAGGCUGAACACACCUUCCUGGACUACAUCAGGGGCGGGACCCAACUCAACUUCACAGUGGCCAUCGAUUUCACGGCAUCCAAUGGGAACCCCUCGCAGCCCACGUCCCUGCACUACCUGAGCCCCUUCCAGCUGAACGCCUACAGCCUGGCACUGCGGGCUGUGGGGGACAUCAUCCAGGACUACGACAGUGACAAGAUGUUCCCAGCCCUUGGCUUUGGCGCCAAGGUCCCUCCGGAUGGGCACGUGUCCCAUGAAUUCCCACUGGGUCUGUCACACUGUCAGAAUGGGGAUGCAUCAAACCCAGCGUGCUGUGGCAUUGCGGGGGUGCUGGAGGCUUAUCAGCGCAGCCUGCGCCGUGUCCAGCUCUAUGGCCCCACCAACUUCGCCCCUGUUGUCAACCAUGUUGCCCGCUCGGCGGCCAUGGUGCUGGAUGGGUCCCAGUACUUCGUCCUCCUCAUCAUCACCGAUGGUGUCAUCUCUGAUAUGGCCCAAACCAAGGAGGCCAUUGUCAAUGCUGCAAAAUUGCCCAUGUCCAUCAUCAUCGUGGGAGUCGGCCAGGCUGAGUUCGAUGCCAUGGUGGAGCUGGAUGGGGAUGACAUCCGCAUCUCUUCCCGUGGGAAAGUGGCUGAGCGUGAUAUUGUCCAGGUACUGACCUCACCAAUGAGGGAUUUGGGAGACCCCUUCCCAGCCCACCCAGCAGGGGACUUCAGCCCCAUUAUUCCUGGGGCGCCGUGGGUGGGACUGGUGUGUAGGGAUGAUAAGGUGGACUGGGACAUUGGGCAGCACUGGCAUUUGGGGGGGCACUGGGACAUGAGGAGGAUGCACUGAGACAAGGGGAUGCAAUGGGUUUGGGAUGCAACUGGAUGGGGGGAUGCACUGGGAUUUGGGGGUGCACUGGGACAUGGGGGGGUGGUCACUAGGAAAAGAGGGUGCUCUGGGGCUUGGGUUGUACUUUGGAAUGAGGGUGCAGUGGGACAUGGGAGCAAGCAUAUUAGGAUAUGGGGGGCACUGAGAUAUGAAGGAGACAAUAGGAUGUGAAAAGAGGUUUACUGGGAAAUGGGGAGGGGAUUGGGAUGUUAGGGGUGUGCCGGGAUAGAGAGACAGUGCGCUGUGACAUGAGAGAGAUUCACUGGGAAAAAUGAGUGCACUGGGGUUUGGAAUGUACCUCACUGUGGGGAGGCACUGGGACAUUGGGUGCACUGAUACAUGGUGGGAGCCUUCACUGGGAAAAAUGGGUGCGCUGACAUUUGGAGCAUACCUUGGAGUGGGAGUGCAGUGGGACAUGGGAGUUUUUUAGGUUAUGAGGGGCACUUUGGCAUGAAAGGGGUUGGUACUGGAAAAUGGAGGGGCACUGGGACAUGGAGGGGCAUGUACUGGGAUAUGGAGUUGCACUGGGACGUGAAGGGGGAUGUACUAAGACAUUUGGCAGGGGGCUGGAUGUGGGGGGAGCCUGGGAUGUUAGGAGGCAAUGGGACAUGGGGGAAUGCUGGGACGUUGGAAUGGGACACUGGGAUAUGGGAUGUACCUGAAUGUGGGGUGCACUGGGACAUGAAGGAGGAGGGUAUUGGGGAAGGGGGGUGCACUGAGGAAUGAGGGGAGCACUCAGGUGUGGGACACACUGGGACAUAAGGAGGGUAUGCAGACAAAUGAAGGGGGCACUGGGGCACCAGGAUGGACCUGGAUGUGGGGAGCAGUGGGACAUGGGGGGGUACUGGGAAAUAGGAGGGGGCACUGGGAUGUGGGGGCUGUGGGAAAUGGGAGGCACUGACAUAUGGAGAGGCACUGGGGCUUGUGAUGCACGUGGAUGUGGGGGUGCCCUGAGACAUGAAGAGGGAUAUACUGGGAAAUAAGGAACACUGGGAUGUGGGAGUACAUUAGGGCAUGGGGGGGCACUGGGUCUUAGUAUAUACCUGGAUGUGAGGGACACUGGGACAUCAGGAAUGGGGAGGGGACACCGGAGCUGCUGUGUGUGAGGCACACAGUUCCGGGCGCUUCCCAGCCCUGGACUCCCUCAACUGCUCUGCCCCCCUGUGCCUCCCCAGUUUGUUCCAUUUCGUGACUACAUGUCGGGGGGUCCCGGUGCGGGGCUGAGCAUGGCAGGGCUGGCACGGGAAGUCCUAGCUGAGAUUCCUGACC